GUUCGACAUUAACCUUGGCGGAGGCGUGCGAACCGAUGAGCGCAUUUUCUAGUUGUUUUUAAUUUUUAUUUUGUUAGUAAUCGCCCGAGGUGGGCGUGGCUUUAGAGCUCUGCGCUCCCAUUGGUCGGCUCGGCGUUGCCCUGUGCAGUCGCGAGGACGGGUCGUGUUGAUUUCAGAAGUCAUCAUGGCGCUCACUUCCCCAGUCAAAGAGCACCCAUAUAGUCAUCUAAUCGACACACUGAAAGAUGACAGGAUCAAGUUCUUCAAUCCACAGAAAUUAAACGAUCCACGAUAUGACAAGCUGCCUCUGUCCAUCCGUGUCUUACUGGAGGCAGCAAUUCGUAACUGUGAUGGCUUUUACACGAAAAAAGAAGACGUCCAGAACCUGUUGGACUGGCAGCAGCAGCAGAAUAAAGCCGAGGUGCCGUUCUCCCCAGCGCGAGUCCUUCUCCAGGACUUCACGGGUAUUCCUGCCAUGGUGGACCUGGCAGCCAUGAGGGAUGCUGUUGCCAAACAUGGUGUGGACCCCAGCCUAGUCAACCCUAAAUGCCCCACAGACCUCAUUGUAGACCACUCAUUACAGAUUGAUUAUAGCAAAUGUGCCAUACAGAAUGCCCCAAACCCCGGUGGAGGGGACGGCCCAAACCAGAGCCAGGGUCCCACUCGUUCCACACCCUCCAGGCCUCCGUCCAGAGGAGGCUCACAGUGCGGAGGCCAGCGGGGCACAUGUAGUAAAGCUGCCUGCAGUGACCCUCCAGCCUCCCCGGGUCGACCUCCAGCCUCUGUCCAGCAGAUCGAGAACACCCCUCUCCUCUGCCCCUUCCACCUGAAGCCUGUGUCUGAAACUGAAACAGCUCUGAAGAAUCAGGAAAUGGAACUGAUCAGAAACAAAGAGAGACUUCAGUUCUUUAAGUGGUGCUCUAAAGCAUUCAAGAAUGUGAACGUGGUUCCUCCGGAUGUGGGUGCAGUCCACCAGGUGAAUCUGGAGUAUCUGUCCAGAGUGGUCCAGGUCAGCGAUGGUUUCAUCUACCCUGACAGUGUGGUGGGAACCGACUCUCACACCACCAUGAUCAAUGGCCUGGGCAUCCUGGGCUGGGGUGUUGGGGGAAUUGAGUCAGAGGCUGUGAUGCUGGGCCAGCCAGUGUCUCUGACUCUUCCUCAGGUGGUGGGCUGUAAACUGGUGGGCUCCAUCAACCCCCUAACCACCUCCAUAGACAUCGUCCUCGGCAUCACAAAGCACUUGCGGCAAGCUGGGAUCGCUGGAAAGUUUGUAGAGUUUUUUGGACCUGGUGUCUCCCAGCUCUCAGCCCCUGACCGAACCACCAUCGCCAACAUGUGCCCCGAGUACAACGCCACUGUCAGCUUCUUCCCCGUCGACCAAGUCACACUAAAGCACUUUAAAAAGACAAAUUUUACCCAGGAAAAACUUGAAUUGUUGGAAUCUUACAUGAAGGCUGUAAAACUUUUCCGAAGCUUUGAGGACCCCUCAGAGGACCCCCAGUAUUCUGAGGUGAUUGAAAUCAACCUGAGCUCCAUGGUGCCCUAUGUGAGCGGACCGAAGAGGCCUCAGGACAGAGUGGCAGUCAGCAGCAUGAAAGAAGACUUCCAGAGUUGCCUUGAUGAGAAGGUGGGCUUUAAAGGCUUCCACAUCUCCAAGGCGAAGCAGGAGACCCGCGUCCCUUUCCUGCACUGCGGUCAGGAGUACCAGCUGGCCCACGGCUCGGUGGUCAUCGCCGCUGUUAUCAGCUGCACCAACAACUGCAACCCAUCCGUCAUGCUGACUGCAGGUCUACUGGCCAAAAAGGCCGUGGAGGCCGGGCUUGUUGUCAAGCCGUACAUCCGGACCAGCCUGGCUCCCGGAAGUGGCAUGGUCACUCACUACCUCAGUACCAGUGGAGUCCUGCCUUACUUUAGCCAGCUGGGGUUUGAGGUGAUAGGUUAUGGCUGUGCCACCUGUGUGGGAAACACAGCACCGUUGCCAGAAGCCGUCGUGGAUGCAAUCAAACAGGGGGACCUGGUGGCCUGCGGUGUCCUAUCUGGCAACAGGCACUUUGAAGGCCGCCUGUGCGACUGCGUGCGCGCCAACUACCUGGCCUCCCCUCCGCUGGUGGUGGCUUAUGCUAUUGCGGGCACUGUGGGAAUCGACUUCGAAAAAGAGCCUCUAGGCGUGACAUCGGAGGGCAAGGAGCUCUAUCUUCGUGAUAUCUGGCCGUCCAGGGAGGAGGUCCAACAGACUGAGGAGGACACAGUAAUCUCCUCCAUUUUUAGGGAUCUCAGAGGGAGGAUGAAGAAAGGGAACACAUUUUGGAACAACACUGAAUGUCCGGAUUCUGUGCUUUUCCCCUGGGAUCACAAGUCCACAUAUAUCCGCUCACCGUGUUUUUUCAGCAAGCUGAGUAAAGAGGUCCCUCCUCCUCAGUCGAUCGAGAGCGCUCACGCCUUACUGUUCCUCGGGGACAAAGUGACAACAGAUCACAUCUCACCAGCGGGCAGCAUCGCCAGGGUCAGCGCAGCUGCCAAGUACCUGCUGAGCAAACGCCUGACACCGCGGGAGUUUAACUCCUACGGCGCUCGCAGAGGGAACGACGCAGUGAUGACCAGAGGCACGUUCGCCAGCAUCAAGCUCCAGAAUCGAUUCAUCGGCAAAUCGGGCCCCAAGACUUUGCACAUUCCCUCAGGCCAGACACUGGAUGUCUUCGAGGCAGCUGAACGCUAUCAGAGAGACGGCAUUCCCCUCAUCAUCCUGGCAGGCAAAGACUACGGCUCUGGAAACUCCAGGGACUGGGUAGCUAAAGGACCAUACCUGCUGGGGGUGCGUGCGGUCAUCGCUGAGAGCUUUGAGAAGUUGCACAAGAACCAGCUGGUGGGAAUGGGCAUCAUGCCGCUCGAGUUCCUGCCCGGCCAGAGCGCCAACUCGCUGGAGCUGAGCGGGAAGGAGAGGUUCACCGUCACCCUGCCAGAGAGCCUGAGUCCGAGGCAGCAGCUCACUGUCAAGACCAGCCAAGGAAAGUCCUUCUUCGUCACCGCACUGUUUGAAACCGAGAUGGACGUUAUCUUUUUCCAGCACGGAGGGCUUCUUAGAUACGUUGCUCGGACUUUACUCUGAAAGCAGCCUGCAGCCUGGCCCCAAGCCCACUGAGUGUGCGCUAGGCUCAUGAACGGCAGCCCGCAUUAUUACCGCCAGUUUUUUCUUCAGCAUGGAUGAAAAAGGGCUCAUUGGAGUAAACAAAAAGACUGAUGGUUUGUCUGUUUAAGCUGGAUGAACGUCUCCAAACUAUUGGAGUCCUGAGAUGACAGUUUCAGCCUCGUUUCUCCUCACAUGACCGUCAAAAACAAGUGCAGGAAGAAGCGCUGACAUGCACUCAAUUAAGAGAUUGUACCCUGGGUGACCUAUGAAGAGCACUUUUUGUCUUUUGUUGUUGGAGACUGAGGGGACAUUUUUUUUUGUCAUUAUAGCCAAGAAGAAAUGAAUCCUGUCUGCUUCUGUUGUCAUUUGGUUAAAAAACAAAAAAAAAAACAACCCUGCCUAGAAAGGCGAAGAUGGUGCUAGGUACUAUGGCAUGAAUACAUUGUUUUUUCGGGGAUGCAGUGCUCAACCUCCAAGUAAAAUGAAUUUCAAAAAGUUGCAGAAUUGAUGUCAGUUGCCCGAAUUUCUAAUUGGGGCCAAACAAUCUUAUGUUAUAAAUUAAAGAUCUGUUAACAUUUCCUCAAUCCAACCAUUUGCAAAAAACAAAACAAAACACAUUUGCCUCUUAAUACUCAUUUCAUAUCCUGUGAAAAAAAUGUGAAAUUCUUCUUUUUGCUGUUACUUGUAAGACAAAGCUCCCUGCAUUACCGUGGCUCCUACUACAACUGACAGUCCUCUGCAUCUCAUUAAAGGUAAAUUAUAAAAGCUUUUCUGCAUAAGGAAUUCGUUAAUACCAACUGCACACGGCAGCAGGUUCUUCUGAAGGUUUGAUUUAUUUUCAGCAAAAAGUACCUAUUUAAAACACGAUUAGUAUUUGUACCCAAAGUAUCAUCAAAGUGCAACUUUAUAAUUAUGUAACAUUUAAAUUUUCAUAUUAACCGGUGCUGAGAUGAAAGACAGUUGUGAUGUUGAAGGCUAUACUUACACUUGUCAUUUUGAUGAUUUUUUUUUUUUUUUUUUCCCUUAGGCAUGAUUGAAAACAGCAGAUUUUGUGCCAUCACACUGCUGAAUCACCUUAAUGGCUUUUGUGUAUGUGUCUCAAAUUACCACGUCCAGUUCAGUCUCUUUCUGCAGCCCGAUGACCCCCAGCAGUGUUUAGCAUCAUUAGCAGAAAUAUUUAUUUGAAGGGGAACUGCCCCGAUUUUACACAUUAAAGUCUUUUUACACGUCUUGGAGAAAACUAUGGCAUAUGUGAAAGAAAUAAGUUGUAUGAAGCUUUUUCCUCUUUAUAGUCUGAUAAAUGGCCUCAAGUGAUGUCGCCUGAGGCAGCGUCGGUUGGGUCUGAAGACUACAUGAUUGAAAAUGGGGGGGAAUCUGUUAGCGUGGAGUUGAAAGGUGUGAGUUUACCAGACCUCUGUAACCUGCUCCUCAUCCCUGGUUCAGGCUGGCAGCUUGGGGCUAAAUUAGCCGCUACUAGCAUAACGCUAGUAUCUCUGACUGAACUUUUGGCGGUUGCGUCGCAUUGUGGGUAACACGGGCACCAGGUUUUGACGAGAAAGAAGAAUGCAGAG